CCUGACCACUACUGUGGUCGCACUCGCUUCAUACACACACACAUACUAUCAGGACACCUGGCUGCCUACUUGCCGGUCGAGCGGUGGCGUGCUGGUCUGUGAGUGAGUGAGAAUGAUGUGAUGGCUGGGUAGCUGUCGCACGGGCGAUGUCCAAAUGCUGUCUGUGAGGCAGGCCUACAUGGGUGGUUAUUGGGUGGUGGUGGUGCGUCUCUGUCCCUCUCUCCCAUCUCUCUUCUGUCACUUGUCCCCACAGGAAAAAGAGGGUCGUGAGAGAGUUUGACUAGUUAGUGCUGCCAUGCCCAAGACAAACAGACCCGUGCAUGACGAUGCCAAUCGGUUCAUGACAACUACACUCACACAGUCAAUCUGCCAUUCCUAGCCAGCCACUUGCCCGCCCCCCUCCCCCGACAAAAAGACUCAACAGUGUGUGUUGCAUCGUAUCCUCAGCGAGCCACAGGGCAGCCGCAGUUAACCAGCGCAUGCACACGUAGGUACAUGUAAGUACCAAAACGCCCUCAUGCACGUCACGUGUGCAAUGCACUGCACGCAUGGGACUUAACCACACUGAUAAAGCUCUUGUCGCUAACCAUACCGAUAAAGCUCUUGUCGUUCUCUCGCACAGGAAGGCACUCAGACGAUGGAUGACGAUGACACACAAGACGACAAGAGACGACAAGAUGCAACACAUCCGAUGAAUGCAAGGCAUGAAGUCCAUUGCACAUCAAGGCCGUGGGGACGAAGUUCCGUCAACACCUGUCUGCAGACCAUUGCAGACCGUCAUCCACCCAACGGAGAGGACCCAGUGGGCUCCCGUCUCGAAUCCAAGUAGGGCUGUCUGCAACUGAAGUACAACACACACACACAAACGGACACACACUUGACUUGACUUGACCGUAGGAAGAAUUAUCUGGUGGGCUCCGACAUUAACUGCGUACUUACGUGUGUUCUGGGCAGAUUUUGUCUUCCGUCGGCAUGGGGGCCAUCCACUUAUCAAAACACUCCCCACACACAACCUGCAUUCACCGCACCAACAGACCAAUCCAUACCAGCCAACACACACACACACACAUCAUGUGACACACAAUUAAAGGCCGGCCGCUGAACUGAAGGCGUCUGUGCUGUCGAUCAACAUGCGUCUCACUUUGUGUCGGCAGGGAAGCAGGAUGACGUUUGGCUCAUUUAGCAGACACACACAGCACUUGACCUCCUUCGUCUCAAUGACACCGCCGAUGGAUGCAGCAGCAGCAGCAGUAGCAGCAGUAGCGGCGGCCGACGGGCCGGCAGGCGGCUGAGCAUGAGACGAUGCACUGGAGGCACCCACGGCAGCGGGCGCAUGGCGGACAGGUGGUGCCGUGGGAGGCUGGAGGGGAGGGGUCAGUGGGACGGGCGGCUCGUGGUGGCGGAAUGAUGAAGACGAUGACGGACGGCUGGGUGCUGACGCUGGACCGGGGAACGACCAUCUGACCACACACAGCCGCAUACACAUAUACAUACAGGCAGGCAUGCAAGACAGACAGACAGACAAAUGAAAGGGCCGAUAGGUGCAGUGCAUGACAGGUGACCUUUCCUUCUGCCGCCCGGGCCAGCUGGCUUUUCUUACUGGUCUUGGAGAGGCGAUGCCACCUGGUCUGUUUGGGCCGCCUUGCCUCUCCUCUUUCGGCCGACGCGCAUGAAUGGGCCCGCAUCAUCACUCGACCCUUGCUGCUGUUGUGGCACAGUGCUGCGAUCCAUUGGCGGCACCGACGGCUCAUUGGACGACACAGAGGAAGGUGGACAUGCGCCUAAGGGGGGGCGCUGGGGAGAGGGGGAUGCUGGGCGGGGGAGAGAGUCAUGGCCAUCUUGGACCUUGUCGGCAUGGCCAACACUGCCAGCCCAGCCAACAGACAAAGCAACAAACAAAGCACCAUCACUGCAUGUGUAAGUAGUCGGCUGGAUACUAGAGAAUACACACCUACCUGGGCAGGUUCUUGUCGGCAGCUUUGCUGCGCUUCUUGGCUUUGGAUUUCUUGCUGCUCUUGGAGCUGCUGGGCGUCUCUUUGUUGCCCUCAUUGAUGUCGAAUUCGGCCAACUCCGCUGCCAGCUGUGCAUCGGCCCGCUCGUUGGCCGCCCUCUCUAUCUCGGCAAAGAAAUCCAGCAACUGCAACGUAUUAUUCACACCACGCAUGGCAUGCCAAUAUGUCUAGGUGUGCCGUGCCCAUGUGGCAUGAAUAGCUCAGCUCCCUCCCUCACCGACCUUACCUUCUUGGAGGCAUCGAGUUGAGUCUGCUGGUGCCCCUUUCUCCUGGCCGGCUGCCCGGCAGCCCGCAGCGCCUUGACCGCCUCGUUCUGCAAUAUCGCUCGGGUGACGGUAUUGGCCCGCAAAGUGCCGCGCUUGUUGGUGCUCACUCUGUCGCCAUACCUGCAGGCAGGUGCAGAAAGGAGGACGCGUCACGUCACCUGUGCUAGGCGCACAUGGAUGGAUGCGUUGCAGGCACACUUACGCGACGAGUGCGCGGAGAGUGGCGAUGGUGAAGUCGACAAACUGUGCGCACAUGUCAUCGGACAGGCGCUUGGGACACAUGGCGACCAUCUCACAGAGAGAGGCGGGGAGGCCUUCACGCACAGCAAUCUGACACACAGGCAGAGACACGGACAAAGAGAGAGACAAGAGGAUCACUGCACUGCGUGUUGCCGGCGACAGCUCACUGCGCUCUCUCGCCUAGCUACCUUAGCGCGGGCAUCCGUCAUGUCGCCAGACUCGGUGCCAACCAUGUUUAGGAAAUGGGUCGUCCAGUAGCGCACGUCAUCCUCUGGUGAGUGUGGCAGCCUGGCCCUGUGCUCGCUGAUGCCCCGCAUCAGGGAAAUGCAACCCGAGCUGUACACCUCAUCUCUGUACCCACACCCUGCAAGCCAAGCCAAGCCAAGCCAAGCGCAUGCAAUGGAACACACAACACGCAAUCAGUCUGGACAGCCACUGGGGUGUCGUGCACGUGUCGCUGUGUAUGUGAGCAAGCCCUUACUUGCGACGAGUGAAGGGAUGACGAGUGCCAAGAGCCCGUCCCCGCCUUUUCUCAUGUGCUGGGUGAACGCCUCGAGAGAUCCGGGCGAGCGCAUCAGACGCUGGACAGGUCCGUUGGGCAUAUUUGCAAAGUAGGGAUAACCUGCAUUGCAUACGCACAGCCAGCACCGACAUGCAGCCAGCGAUCCGUUCACCGAUCGGUGUCAUGUGUCGUAUGCAUGAUGUCGAUUAAUGGCGGUAGGGAGCAUUGCACUCACUCACGAACAAGACCCCGACAAAAUCGUAGCAGCAGCGGAAGAUGAACUCGAGGCAGAGGGCGGCACUGCUGCGCAGCUCCUGCCGAGCAUCGGGCGACGUCAGGAUAGUGGCCAGUGUGUCGAUGUGGGGGUAGACUUGGUGGUACAGGACAUCGAGGCACUCAAACUUGUCUUUGUCCGACCCUGACCGAGUCAUGACCACAGAAUCACACCACACCACACCACAGGCACAUGCAAACGGACUGACACACGAACCCCUCUCCCUCUCUCCCUCCCUCCCUCCCUCCCUCCCUGUCGGCCUGUCUGUCUGCCUGUCUGUCGUAACUCACCUUUGCUUCGCACCCAGUCUGUGGUGGUAGAGAGGAGCGAAACAAUAGAGGUCGAGGGGGUCCCCAGUAGGCUCCCCAAUAUGCUGCACAAAAAAGGCAUCACACAGACAGACAUACACCCUCCCUGAUGCAUACGAACGGCCGCUUACUGUUGUUGCUCGUGGGCCGUUCGAUGCCGGGUCAUGACCUGGACCAGCAGUUUCCACAGGCCGCCCCAGAGGAACAUCGGCAUCCCAGUGGGCGGCAAGGGCUGGCCAUAUUCCUCGCCUAUGCUGUACAUGUUGUUGAGCAGCACCAUCGUCAAUCCGAAUGCAACGUUGUCACCCACGUGCCGCUCCGCCCACGACAGAGCCCUUCUCAGCGCCCCUGGGUGGCGCUGCACGAGGUAGUCGCGGGACUCGGCUCCAUCGCCGCGUUGCCUGCCUUCGCCCAUGGCCUCCGCGAGCAGCAUCAAGGUGAACGACUCCAUGUGCUCCUCCAUGCUGUCGGCUUCUGCGAAGACGCGCGACAGGGACGCAAUGAGGUCACGGGGCGACCCCGAUACCGAGAUGAGUUUGCGGGCGAGGCGGUGGGUGCCGGACUCGUCGCCCAGCCGCCAAAUGGUCAGGAGCAGAUCCGCCGCCCUCUCCUGCCGCCAGCUGUCGCUGACAUCCGUGAAGACCGACAGCACACGCCGAAGCAGGUUGUCAUUGUGGAGCGAUUGAAGGGCUUCUGCUUGCAGCUUCCGCUUGCAAUUAGCGCAAUGCUGUUGGUGUUGGAGACGAUUGGCUCUCUCGAGGUAGUGCUCGGCGAGGAUGAUCAUGUUCAAGUCCGUCUGUUCUCGUGAGAGGGGUGCCGACGAGGAGAGGUCAUCAAUCGCCGACCGGACGGAGAAAUGGACCUGGAGAGGGGAGCAGCUCUUACCACACUCACUCCUCGUCGUCAUUCUCAGAAGCCUUUCCACCAAGGGCUGACUCGUUUCGUCAACGUCGUAGCUUGCCGUCCGGCGUCAUGCGCGACGGGGAAAAAAGAG